AUGGCAAACCAAAUGUUGCUAUUGACUACUUUGCUAGCCGUGACAUGUGCUCUGGUCAUUGCUUUUGAGCCUAGUCCUUUACAAGAUUUCUGCGUUGCUGACACUACUAGCUCAGCAACAAGAGUGAAUGGGCUACCUUGCUUGGACUCCAAGCUAGCACAGGCUGAGCAUUUCUUCUUCAGUGGACUUCACAUCCCAGGCAACACCUCAAACCCUGUUGGUGGGAAAGUCACCCCUGUCAAUGUGGUUCAAAUUCCAGGACUCAACACACUUGGCAUCUCUCUGGCUCGCAUCGACUAUGCACCCUGGGGCGUUAUCCCUCCCCACACUCAUCCCCGUGCCACCGAGAUUUUGACCGUCCUAGAAGGCAGCCUCUAUGUUGGCUUUGUGACCUCAAACCCUGACAACAAGCUCAUCUCAAAGGUCCUUUACAAGGGUGAUGUGUUUGUGUUCCCAGUUGGGCUAAUUCACUUCCAGCAGAAUGUCGGCAAUGGAAAUGCCAUAUCACUCUCUUCAUUAAGCAGCCAAAACCCUGGAGUCAACACCAUUGCUAAUGCUGUUUUUGGAGCCAAUCCUUCCAUUCCAGAUGAUGUUUUGGCCAAGUCUUUCCAGGUGGACAAGUCCGUAAUUAGCAGUCUUCAGGCAAAGUUUUAGAUGUUUUCCCUGGAAAAUAGUUUCUCAUAUUUCAUAUUAUCCCUCUGUUUAUUCUUGUGAAUUUGCAUCUUGUGAGCUGGAUUUGUAGAAGUAGAAGUGUGUAUUAAAAUCUCCAUGAAAUCGAAUGGUUUUAUGAAAUUCUUUGAUAUCAAUCUUGAAACAUAUCUGAAUGCCCCUAAGUGGAAACAUUUUCCGAGAAGCAAUUUUUCAUUAAUUUUUAUUUUAAGGAAAAAAAAACUACCUGGACAUUAAAAAAAAUAAAGUUUAAAAAAAAAAUCCUGAAUAUUGGGUUUUCGUUGAAAUUUUCUGCCAGUUUUCCAACGAAGACAACGCAAUAGACCUGGCAAUCCGUGUGGUUCAAGACGUUUGCACAGAAAAAUUUGUUAGCCUUGUAUUUGAAAAGAGCAGUAAUCCAACUACAAACCAGCAAAUUCAUAGGCUAACAAGAAGUUGUUACUUACUCACAGACUCAUGGCCAGAGUUUUCUUCCCUCCCUUGAAUAACAAAUAAUAAAUAAAUUGUUCUUUUAUAUAUUUCACUUACAACCCACAUACCAAAUCAUGAAAUAAGCACAUUUGCGUUAUGGAAUCCAUGAAUAGAACUCUAUAAAUGUUUUCAUUAUUGUGUUUCCCUUUACUUCCUGAUUAAGGCAAGAACCUUUGUGCCCUAGACCUGCCUGCAUUUCUAACAACCUAAGAAGCGAGAUUUUAGGACCAAAAAACAGCACAUAAGAGAUAGAUAUAUGUGUUUGUGUGUGUAUACACACACUUGAAUGUUUUUAAACUCAACAAUGUCUACCAAGGGUCAGAAUUUAGUGGCUAUAACUGGUUUUCAUAACUUGCUUAUGAUUUGAAAGGCAUUGUUUCAUGGAAUUCAAUGGUUCAUGCAUUCACUAAGACAAGGUCUUUAAACAAGGUUUCGAGAUUUUCUUGGAUAUUAAGAAUGCAUGUAACAGAUAUGAUGAGAGCAGAUUUUUUAACCCCGUUACUCUACCCCGCAUGCUUGCAUCCUCUGCUAGGAAGUUAAACCUGGACGAUGGACAAUCUCCUCAAUAUAUCAUCUACAACAUUGUCUGUGUUUGCGUGUGCAAUGACUGGAUGCACAACACCACUGAUAGCGUUAGCGUUAGCUUCAUAGCUCAGUUGGUGAUAUCAACAACUUCUAGGUGAAUGUGUUCGUGUGUGUGUAGUGCUCUACAAGUACCUGAAGCGUGGGAGUUCAGAGAAAGCAAAGUGAAGUCAAUAGAAGCUGCAAAUUGUUUAAUGAGAUGGUGGGAAGUUACCCCAUGCUGUCUAGUUGAUCUUCUGUGCAGAGCAGGGUUCUCAUAUCAGGAAAUGGAGUUCAUAAGAGCAUGCUUAUCUUCCUUAGAAAAGACACAGAGAUUAAUCUGAUUGAGAAGUAGGUGGCAAAACAAAGUAAAGAGGUCAGGUACUCAAACUCAUUAAGCUCAUGCCCUGUUAUCAACUUCUGCGGAAAGGCAGCUCAAUAAACUGAGAAUUGCAGAAACAAGAAUCAUCAAAGAAAUGCAGAAAUCAGUCACCAAUGUAGUGUUAUCAAAAGAAAGGAAUUGAUGACAACAUGGAAAGUGAGCAGCUAAAUCAAUAUCUAAAGAAUGGAAUGAAAGACCACAGCAAAUGGUACCAAAUGAAAGAAGGUGGAGAAUAGAUCCAAGGUUUUUGAGAAGCUUCCAGAUACUGGGUCCCUGUUAUUUUAUUGUUUUCUUUUAAUCAAUUAGAUUACAAUUGCCUUGACAUAAAGCACAAAGAAGAAUUUCCAAAUGGAACUGCAGAAAUUAGAAUAAAAGGUCGAUACAUUAUUAAAAGCACUCAGUGAUGAGUUUUGAUAGGUAAAUCCAUUGUCAACAUUCCUGUUCAAUAGAAGAUAAUGAUUGUGUGAAUCCCGUGAUUGUUUUUGAACAGGUGAUCAACUAUGAACGCGGUCGUCUUCUAGCA